AUGAAUGGAUGGGGGGCUGAGACAGGGAUGACGUUCCCGGGGGGGCGUGCCUUGGUGCUGCUGCCACUGCUGCUCCGCAUCUGCUGGGCCCAGAGCUGCACUGGGCCCCCGGCCAUCCCUGGCACCCCUGGCAUCCCUGGCAUCCCUGGCAAUGACGGCCAGCCUGGGACCCUGGGGACAAAGGGCGAGAAAGGGCUUCCCGGGCUGGCAGGGGACCAUGGUGAGUUUGGAGAGAAGGGAGACCCGGGGAUUCCCGGCAACCCGGGAAAAGUUGGCCCCAAGGGUCCAGUCGGCCCGAAGGGUGCCCCGGGGUCCCCUGGAUUGCCGGGUCCCAAAGGUGAGUCAGGAGACUACAAGGCCACACAGAAGAUCGCCUUCUCUGCCAUGAGGACCGUCAACAACGUCCUGAGGCGGGACCAGGUCAUCCGCUUCGACAGCAUCAUCACCAACGUGAACAACAACUACGAGCCGCGCAGCGGCAAGUUCACCUGCAGGGUGCCCGGCCUCUACUACUUCACCUACCACGCCAGCUCUCGAGGGAGCCUGUGCGUCAACCUCGUCCGGGGCCGGGACAGCAUGAAGAAGGUGGUGACCUUCUGCGACUACGCCCUCAACACCUUCCAGGUCACCACGGGCGGCGUGGUGCUCAAGCUGGAGCAGGGGGAGAUGGUCUUCCUGCAGGCCACCGACAAGAACUCGCUGCUGGGCAUCGAGGGCGCCAACAGCAUCUUCUCCGGCUUCCUGCUCUUCCCUGAUCCGGAGGCGUGA